GGGACAACGUCACUGCGCGCCCGGAGUGACAUCACUUCCGCUUCCGCUUCCUCCCGCGCAGGAAGUGAUUUCCGCUCCGCUUUCUGCGCCGCUUUUCGGCCUGUCCUGAGGUGUGCUGUUCUCGAGUCGCGGCGAGUCCGGCGCACCGCAGCCAUGACAGAGGCUGAUGUAAAUCCGAAGGCCUAUCCCCUCGCAGAUGCCCACCUCACCAAGAAGCUGCUGGACCUCGUUCAGCAGUCAUGUAACUACAAGCAGCUUCGGAAAGGAGCCAAUGAAGCCACCAAAACCCUCAACAGGGGCAUCUCUGAGUUCAUUGUGAUGGCAGCAGACGCCGAGCCCUUGGAGAUCAUCCUGCACCUCCCACUGCUGUGUGAAGACAAGAAUGUCCCCUAUGUAUUUGUGCGCUCCAAGCAGGCCCUAGGACGGGCCUGUGGGGUCUCCAGACCUGUCAUCGCCUGUUCUGUUACCAUCAAAGAAGGCUCCCAGCUCAAGCAGCAGAUCCAGUCCAUCCAGCAGUCUAUUGAAAGGCUCCUGGUGUAGGCCUGCGGCCUCUGCCCUUUCCUGUCUACUCCUGCCCCACUUGUGUAUCAUAUUGUCUGUUAGCAUGUGGUGUUUUCAGCCAGUUUCUAUUAUAAAUAUUGUACUACAUCC